CGUUUCCCCGUUUGAAGGAUACAAAAUGAGUGUAUGUACUCUGACAGGAUGUCAGAUGUCGAGUUUAUUUGCAUGUGCCCCCAUGUUUUGGAGUGCCUUAUCACAUAGUGAUCAUUUCAGACACUGGAAGCACUGAGACCGAUUUCAGACAUGGUGUCCGAAUGCUGCCUUGGUGUCACCAAGUAUUUUGUUUUCCUGUUCAACCUCAUUUUCUUUUUCUUAGGAGCCCUCAUGCUGUCUUUGGGGGUGUGGAUCACCUGUGCUGAGUCCAGCUUCUUCUUGGAGCCCCCAACCUUCAUAUCCAUGUCCCUCCUCUCGUACUUCCUGCUCAUUGGAGGCUCUCUGACCGUGACCCUGGGUUUUCUGGGCUGCCUUGGGGCCAUCCAGGAGGCCAAAUGGCUGUUGGGCUUGUACUUCAUGCUACUCACCAUCCUCCUGGCUGCGCAGAGCGUUGGCGGAGUCCUCUUCAUCACACAGAGGAGCAUAUUUGAGAGCAGCCUGAUGGGCCACAUGUCCAUGCUCAUUAAUAUGUAUGGGAGGAAUGAUUCACAUCUGCAGCACUUUGAGAGGACGCUGGACUACAUUCAACAACAGGCAGAGUGCUGUGGCUGGGAGUAUCAAACUGAAUGGGUCGGGGAGGCUCCCUGCUCCUGCUACUACUACAAUGGCACACAGCUCGCCUCCAACUCAAGCAUCUCUUCAUCAUGUGUCUGCUCCCCCACAGACACCGCUCAGUGUGUCAAGUAUAAGCAGGGCUGUAAGAGACAGCUGCAGAGGUGGAUGGAUGACCAUAUGCUCAUCAUCAUGGUGGUACUGUUUGCGCUGAUUGGAGUGGAGAUCUCUGGUAUGAUCCUUUCGAUGUGUCUGUAUAAAUCACACAGCAAGAAUGAUCUGUUCGUGAGCUACUAAAUCAGAGGGAAGCGAAGGAGAAAGGAUCAGUGACAGCAGCAACAGCCCCCAUGUUCUCAUCUAUACGAAGCACUUGCAUACGUCUCAGUAUUUGUUACAUUGUUAUGGUUAUUUUCCAUUUGCUAUAGUUUAUUGCCAUUGCUGAUUUGUUAGAAAUAUCUUUUGAAUUUGUUUGAAUAUGUUUUGUCUGUUAAUGAUGCCUGUUGAACAUCUUCCUGUAUAAGUAUGGCCUUGAUGUAGAUUGAUGUAAAAUUUUUCACACAUGAGUUUUAAAAAAUCUGCCCCCGCUACACGUGGUGACUGCUCACUGUUUGUUGGUGCAUGAAGAACACGUUGCACUGAGAAAGUCCCGGUUCCUGUUUGGUUUGGCCCUGCUGUCUUUUGAACAGGAAGCAACCCCCGGGCCCAGGGUGGGACGGUCUUAUGUUUCACCAUUGUUGCAAACUCACAAUAAAUGACCUCUUUUCUGUUCAGAUGAAA